CUACCAGUCAAUUGGUGGCUUGGGGUAGGUGCGCGAGUCAAACGUAUCUCAAAAAAAGAUUGGUCUGGGUCUAAGUAGACUUUCUUGGUCUUGGAUCAUCUUUUGUUCGGUAUACCUUGGUAAUACUACUAUUAGGGUAUAUGAAGGGUGAGAAAUUGAACGGGUGAACUCAUUUAUUUCAGCAUACGGGUGGCGCAAGAUCGACGACGAUGGGGGCCUUCACAGCUGUUGUAAACGGCGCUGCCGAAUCAACGUACCCCGAAUCGAGGGUGCUUAUCAUCAUCACCGGAGGCACAAUUUGCAUGCAGCCGUCUGCAGGCGGUCUUGUUCCUGUCGAUGGGUUUUUAGAAAAUGCGAUGGCACCGCGGCCAUCGUUCAAUGAUAUGUCUGAGAGAAUCCCAUUAAGUGCGGUCAAGGAUGGCAACAAAGUUACUAUCAACAGCUUACGCACACCCCCGAGCUCGUACUCGAGGCACAUCCGAUACGGUGCCCUCGAAUUUUCACCGUUGCUCGAUUCUUCAAGUAUUAGCAGUUUUGGCUGGACUCAGAUUGCAAGUACUAUUAAGGCGAAUUAUCAUUUAUUUGAUGGGUUCGUCGUGCUUCACGGAACCGACUCUCUAUCGUAUUCGGCAUCCGCUUUAUCUUUCAUGAUGGAAGACCUAGGAAAACCCGUUGUCCUGACCGGUUCACAAGCGUCCAUCUUCGCUCUUCAAUCAGAUGCCGUCGACAACCUUCUCGGCUCCCUCAUCAUAGCCGGCACCUUCGUGAUCCCAGAGGUUUGCCUGUUCUUCCACCACACGUUAUUCCGCGGCAAUCGGACUACCAAGGUCUCCGCAUCGUCCUUCGAAGCGUUUGCCAGCCCCAACUGCGAACCCCUGGCCAAGGUCACCAGCCUUGGCGUCGACGUCAAUUGGUCGCUCGUCCGGCGCCCGACAAAGAUCGCCCAGUUCGCGAUCACGAGCUACUUAGACACAGCGCAUGUGGCCUGCGUUCGUAUCUUCCCGGGUAUCAAGCCCGAGAUGGUGGACUCGGUUUUAAAGGUGCCGGACCUGCGCGGCCUGAUUCUGGAGACCUUCGGUAUGGGCAACGCACCUGAGGGCGUCGACGGUAGUUUAACGAAGGUUAUCUCAUCAGCCGUUGAGCGUGGUGUUGUUAUUGUCAACGUCAGCCAGUGUACAAACGGCUUCGUGUCUCCACUUUACGCCCCUGGAUUCGCACUGGGAAGGGCCGGCGUCGUGUUCGGCCACGACUUGACUUCCGAGGCCGCACUAACGAAGCUUUCUUACCUUCUCGCGCUACCCGGGCUCAGUAAUGCUGAUGUCGCAUCCCGCAUGGGGAGGUCCCUGCGCGGUGAAUUGACCGAGCUUAUGACGCCCAGCUUUUCGCACCCCCCCUCCGUGUCAGGGGAUAGCGGACCCGACAUAGGACGUCUAGGAAAGCCGGAACAGGCGUUCGCUGCGCUAGGGUACGCGAUCGCGGCGGGCGAUGCGAAGUCCGCGAUCGAGAUUCUGGAUGAGGCGGACGAGGAAUGGCUGCUGCUGCAAAAAGCCGAUUAUACGGGAAAUUCGGCCGUGCAUCUCGCGGCCGUGGGUCCAGAUCCGGAAGUGCUGAAGGAGUUGCUGGUUAGAGGGGCCAGUGUGCAUGCGAGGAAUAGAGCGAAUAAUACGCCGUUGUUUUUGGCGGAACAGGCGGGGAAUGUCGAGUGUGUUAGGUUGUUGAAGGAGGCCGGGGCGGUGCUUUGGGAGGAGGAAAAGGGGAAGGGGGUUUAAGGACGUGGAUAGGGAGUAUGGUUAUACCCGAUGGUGGUGGUGGUGGUGAUGAUGGCUCCAGGCUGGAGCGUUUAUGAAUAGGGGUAGGAUAGAUUGGUAUUCGCCUAGGGGAAGUUUAGACGCUUGGUAUAAGUAGAGGUGUCCACAGGAGGACGGGGCAUGUUUUUAAUCGACUUACAGCGACUCCUUAGGUAUAACCCUUGUUUCCAAAGGAUGAAAUGCAUUUUCGGCUUGAAAUCACCUUAA